AUGGCCACCGCAGCAGUCUGUCCCGUCGUAGGCACGACAACUAAUAUGCUGCCACCACACCAUCCCGCUGUCUCUUCUGACCCAGAAGCCCGCUGCCCAAUCACCAAUGCCAAAGUCCAGCACCACGACACCAUCGUGAACCACCCUUCCGAUGGUGAUAUCCCCUCGGAUGACAAGCAAGCCAUGGACGCAUCUGCCUGCCCCGCACUCAAGAAUGCCAACAACAAGGAGAGUAUCACUGAUGCUACAUGCCCGGUCGUGRGCCCGGUGUCGUCCCAUCUUCCACCCGCUCACCCCGCUUUGAACGAGAAGGAUGCUGGUGCCGUAUGCCCGGUGACAAAUGCGAAGUUGGAGCACCACAAGGGAAAGGUUGCCACGCACCCUAAGGUGGCUGCUGACGCUGCUGCUUCGAAGUGCCCUGUUGCUGGUGCGGCGGCUUGA